UGGUGAUAAAUUGAGCAAAAUUUUCCAAGCAGUCAAACUUUCUCAGGCAAUUAAACCAAAAUUCAGUCUUUCAGAUUAUUACUUCUUUUUUUGUGGCCCAAAUUUAGUUCUGCAAAAGAAGAAAUUUAGAGUACAAAAAUAUCUGCCGUCACUGUUAAAUCAGCAGCAAAUUUUGCAGUUAAUCCAGCACGAGUAAUGGUAGAUGAUUCCAGAAAAAAUACGUACAAUUGCAGCCUUGCACGCAAAGAUUUCUUCCAAGUUCCAACCCCACAAUUCUUGUUUCCAAACUCAUUUUGCGCAUGCAAUUCCAAUUCAAAGUGUGAACAACUACCUAAUUAAUCUCCAACGCAUCAAAAAAGAUUGAACUUUUAUGAAAUAAGGCUACGAAUCGCUGGUAGUGGAGCUACUGUUUCUCGAAAUUACCCAAAGGAAUAUGGUGGUUGUUUCGCUAGCCGCAUCUACACCGAUAUUCGCCUCGACUGCUAGUAGUCUGCCGCGAGAUUCCUUUUGCACCCCCCGUGUUUGCGGAAAUGCCUCACAGAAAAGGAGAAAAAUUCUCAACAACCCGCUGCGUGUGGCUGCGCCGUCGUCUGCUCCCGGCGCCGCCGUUUCUGGAGAGGAUCGAGAGAAUGUAGACCCCGCGAUCGAGAUCGAAGAUUCCGAAGACAAUUCGUCUUCCAAGUUUUCCUGGAGAGAUCAUUGGUACCCUGUUUCCCUCGUGGAAGAUCUCGACCCUCGUUAUCCGACGCCGUUCCAGCUGCUGAACCGUGACCUAGUUCUCUGGUUCGACAAUUCCGCCUCGCAGUGGGUUGCUUUCGAUGACAGAUGCCCCCACAGGCUCGCUCCUUUAUCAGAAGGGAGGAUAGAUGAGAAUGGGCACUUGCAGUGCUCAUACCAUGGCUGGUCCUUUGAUGGAUGCGGGUCGUGCAGCCGGAUUCCUCAGGCGGCCUCGCAAGGGCCGGAGGCGCGUGCUGUUAAGUCGCCGAGGGCGUGUGCGACGAGGUUUCCAACCAUGGUUUCUCAAGGCCUUCUCUUUGUUUGGCCUGAUGAGAAAGGCUGGGAAAGAGCUCAAGCCACUACGCCUCCAAAGUUGCCUGAUGAUUUCGACAAGCCUGAGUUUUCAUCGGUGACAAUUCAGCGCGAUUUGUACUAUGGCUAUGAUACUCUCAUGGAGAAUGUGUCUGAUCCUUCCCACAUUGACUUUGCACACCACAAGGUUACUGGCAGAAGAGAUAGAGCAAAGCCCUUAACUUUCAAGAUGGAGUCGACUGGACCUUGGGGUUUUGCUGGUGCGAAUGAUGACAAUCCAAAAAUCAGUUCUAAGUUUGUCGCGCCAUGCUAUUAUAUAAAUAAGGUUGAGAUCGACACAAAGCUUCCAAUCGUUGGUGACCAAAAAUGGGUGAUAUGGAUUUGCUCCUUCAACGUUCCAAUGGCACCCGGCAAAACCCGCUCAAUUGUUUGUAGCGCUCGAAACUUCUUCCAGUUUACCAUGCCAGGCCCUGCAUGGUGGCAGGUGGUUCCUCGAUGGCAUGAGCACUGGACUUCAAACAAGGUAUACGACGGCGACAUGAUCGUGCUUCAAGGUCAAGAGAAGGUCUUUCUUUCACAAUCAAAGGAUGACGAUGUCAACAAGCAAUACACAAAACUAACAUUCACCCCCACACAAGCCGACCGUUUUGUCCUCGCAUUCCGGAACUGGCUCUCGCGAUACGGCAACAGCCAGCCUCAGUGGUUCGGCACCACCAACCAACAGCCGCCACCAUCCACCGUAUUGUCCAAACGAGAGAUGCUGGACAGGUACGAACAGCACACGCUCAAGUGCUCGUCGUGUAAGAGUGCACACGACGCCUUCGAAACAUGGAACAAGGUUUUGAUCGGUGCUUCAAUUGUAUGCGCAGCUACAGCCGGCAUCCCUCCCAACCUGCAGCUGCGUAUCAUUAUCGGAGCAGUGGCAAUCUUAGCCUCUGCGUCAGCCUAUGCUCUGCACGAGCUGCGUAAGAACUUUGUCUUCGUAGAUUACGUUCACGCUGAUAUUGAUUAGUUCUUCUUGUAUAGAAUUCAAUCUCAUAAUCAACACUAAUUUUUUACUCAUUCA